AUGUCGGAUUGCAUUGAGGCAGCACUUCCCGAAUCGCCCCAAGAUGUGGGCGAUUUGCCUCCUACCACGACAUCUAUCGACACUACGACUAACACGAUUUGCUUCAAUACGAGUGAGAUGCCUCCAUCUCACAUAGUGGCAUUGGACCAGUUAAUACAGUUGCAAUGCAAUAAAUUAGAGAAGCAGCUGGUCGCUUUGAAGGUCAAGCGCCAGCUGCUACACAUGGGCGAGGGGGUUGUGUUGUCAGUGAAUGAUCUGGUUUCCGAUGUAUCUGAGGAUUCCAGCAAAGAACUUUUAAGUUCCCUGGAGGCGGCUUCGGUUGUUGAUACCGACAUCGAUGACCGCUUUAAAUAUUUUCGAUCUCAGACUGUAGGGGUUGGUCAUACUGAGGACAUUUCCGAGAUCAUCAACGCUAUGAACAUGCGUAACAGCUCUUCGAAUGAGAGCGAUGAUUUUAUGCGCCGAGUACAAUUCACGGCCGUUGAGGAGCCAGCGAACAGUCGUGUUCCUAUUUCGCGUCGCUGCAUAACCCUCCCCGACAGUCACGGCCCGGUCACUGCCAGUGAGUUGGCGUUGCUACAAAUUGACAUGUGUUCAGCGGGGGAUGUACAGUUGAUGUUGCAUAUACAGGGCAAGUGCAAGCCAUGCGCAUUUUAUUACAAUAAGAACAAGGGCUGCCGGAAUGGCAGUUCGUGUGUCUUUUGCCAUCACGAGGACCACUGUUUCUUCACUCUGAAGCGUUGGAAGAAGCAGCAGAGGCAGUUUUCGCAGAGCCGUAGCCUCAGCAGGGAGAUUAUGGGAGCAGCGCUAAACCCCAACCCCAAGCCUGAGCCUCAACAUCCGAACUGCACCUAA